AUGGCGUUGCUGCAGCACCAAAGGUUGCCCGGCAUUGGCUGCGGCGACAUCUUGGCACGGGCAAGAUCACAAUGUCUGGCAGCGGCGUCCCAUGCCCCCUCUUUACCUGUCUUGCUGCACUUUAAUGGCGGCAGCAAGCAGGCUCAUCUCGUCUCGCGUAAGGCCGGCAACGCCCUAAGCUUGAGCGGGAGGAGCAGGAGGCGAGAACUAUGCGUCGUCGCGGCAUCGGCGGCCAGCGUCACGCCUGCGUUGCCUAGUGGCGUCAGCGCCAGCGAUGUCCUUUGGCCCUCGGCUGGUGCAUUCUUGGCGAUGGCAGUGCUAGGAAGAAUAGAUCAGAUGAUGGCGUUCAAGGGAGUAUCAUUGACAAUUGCACCUCUUGGAGCUGUCUGCGCUGUGCUUUUCACCGCUCCAGCCUCACCAGCUGCCAAGAAAUAUAAUAUAUUCGUCGCACAGAUUGGUUGCGCAGCAAUCGGUGUGCUUGCCCUGUCGUUGUUUGGGCCUGGUUGGUUAGCAAGGGGUGCCGCUCUUUCUGCUUCCAUAGCAUUCAUGACCAUCACAGGUUCUACACACCCUCCAGCUGCAAGCUUGCCUCUCUUGUUUAUUGAUGGCCCAAAGUUUCACAACUUGCAAUUCUGGUAUGCACUUUUCCCUGGAGCAGCAGGCUGUGUCAUUCUUUGCUUGAUUCAAGAAGUGGUGGUUUACCUGAAGAAGAACUACAAGUUUUGACUCAAGCACUGUCAUUUCAUGACUUCUUGAACCAUGGUUUGAUUAUUAUCCAACAUGUGCCAUAAAUUGAUGGAUCAGCAUUUGGAAGAAGUUGACAAAUUUAGAUUUAGUUUUCUUGGCUCAUUUGCCAAGGGAAAACUAGUAGGAAAAUAAAAGCUUAUUUUGCUUGCUAAUUGUAAUUGAUCAUGGUAAAGACCAUGCAAAUGUAAUGUACAUAUAUACCAAUGAGAAUGGAGUAUGAUAUAUAUACUCACUAUCCCUACA